GCACCACCACUUCCACUCAUGCUCCGCCAUGCACAUAUAAAACAACAUCGUCCUCAGCAGCAAUAGCGCCCGCUCCACGCGCACCAACGUGCCCUCCGCCCUCCCGCAGCCUCGGCGCUCCGCCAUUCGUAUGCCCGCCUGGCUUUCUCUACCCCAGCACGUCGCGCACCUUUGCCAUGUCGGCCGCGGCAACACUACACUCCAACCAUGUUAACUAUCUAAUCUGGAGAUACCUGCAGGAGCAGGGCUUCGAACAUGCCGCCAUCGCAUUCACGCGCGAUUGGCGGAGGACGGGAGACAUCGCUUCAGACCCGGACGCCCUGCCCUUCGCGCAUGCUGUACAGAGAAAUGAUUUGGUGUCGGUGGUUCAGUACGGUGUGCAUUACGAUCAAGCCCGAGCGAAAGCUGGUCUCAACAGCGGCGAGCGCAAGUUCGUUUGGAGCAAGUUCGAUGGUCGUGGUGCACCAUCCAGACGCCGGGACUCCACAGAGAAUGGCGCGAAAUCGAGAUCGACGGAUUCUGGCAGGCGCAAGGACAAAUUGCCCGUAGCACGCUCCACAGCCGCGCGAACUUCGCGGAAGGGGGACGUUGGCGAGGCACAGUUCAAUGGCGAUCGCGAUGCAAUGGACAUUGACACGGGCUCUGCCGAUGGCGAGCCUGAGCAGGAUCCCACCUCACCGACUGUGGCGUCAGAGUCCGAUCAGGCUGGGCCCGUGGAAAGAUACGACAGUAUGGAUGUUCUGGUGCAAACAGAUCUCAAGGUCGAGCCGAAAACUAGCACAAUCUCCUGGCACCUGGACAAGCCAAGCGCGAACAUCCAACGCGUGCUGUGGAGUCCCAGAUCAGAAGAGGACGAUACGAAGACGCUCUUGACUGUGGGUGAGGACUUGUGUCGAUUUUAUCAGAUACCAGUUUCGGCCAGAGACGCCAAGCAUCUAGAACAUUUCGAUGAGCCUACACUGUCCUCCAGCUGCGGCGUGACAGCAGCUACAUGGCGUCCUGAUGGCACCGCUGCGUGUUGCGCGAUCGAUGGGCUUCGCGAACUGCCCAGCGGAACCCAAUUAUCACAGCAAGUCCUUCUCGAGCGACACCAGGAUGGCACCAGCACUACGCUUCAACUCGGGCUGCCGUCCCUAGAGCCACCUGGAAUAGUUCUUGCGAUUCACUACAGCCCGGACUCUAGAUAUGUCUUGGCUCUGCGGACCAACAUGAAACGCUCCAUGAUCCAAGUCUGGUCCUCUGCUCGGACGAACGUGGAUGCGCCGCCCCUCAGUGAGUCUGUUGCGUGGAGGCUAUUCGACAACCAAGUCAGUGAUGCACAAUGGAUCUCGAACGAUACAUUUGCCAUCUGUGGAGAUCAGGGACUCUCAGCCUGUUAUCAGGUAGACGAGAGCCAGGGCCAAGACCUGAGCACCCUCCCCACAGCGAGCGUGCUCAUGCGCGGACUAAUACCCCGAAACUCCAACAUCAUCGAAGGAACGACUGAUUGGGAUGUCGUUCGUUUCGACCAUCGCCACCGCAUUGCCGCUUUCGUUUCCAGGAGUCAGAAACGACUGGUUGUUACACCAAAGCUACGCUCCAAUGACAAUAGCACAAGCCCUGAUGUGGAGUUCAUUUUACCUGAUGCGAAAUCGCUCCAGCCAGUGGAAAUAUCAUCCAGCCGACUACAGCAAGAUCACGAGCAAAACGACGACUCGACCCCUGAAACCUUUUUGGCCUUGGGCUAUGGCGAUGGAACGGUCGCCAUCUAUGCGAUACGCUACACGUCGGAUCAGGCACUAGUUUGCAGCGAAGUUGUGGAUCUCAAUUUCAUGGUAUUACCUGUCGCGGCUCUUGCAUGGUCGACAAAUGGCGAAUACCUUGCGGUGUCGAAUUCCAGCUUGGUACAAGUCUGGUCUCGAGACAGCUUCGCAAGGACGAAUGGCGCCGUGCAUAGCCCUCGUGCAAUGAUCACUUGGCGCCGGCCGCAGAGUCCCGGUGGACCAGCAGACGGUGAGAAUGGCGACGAGGUGAUUGACUGCGAGCCCAGUCUCAGCUGGAGCGCAGAUGGUACGAGCCUAGCGUUUGCUAUCAACGAACAGGUAUCCGUUGUCGGCAUCGACCCUCCUCUCCAGGCGAGCAUGCCCCAGCCCGUCGUGAAUGGUCACCGGAGCCCUUGAGUAGACGGACUACAUCGUACCGAACACGGAAUUCUAGUACAGUGGCAGGCGGAUGUCAAAAGCCGGCCUUUGUUCACUGUCCUCAAAUCUCUACAGUGCCUGAGCGUAGCCUGGAACAUCUGCCUGCCUCUCGAAUACGCCAGGCCUCAUCUCUGCCCAACAAGGCAUGCUGGAACUGCGAAUUAGCACG